AUAAAAAAGUGGUAAACCUAUCUAAUUUUUACAGACAAAUUCAGCAAGAUGGAGAAUGCCGAACUGAAGAAGAACUUCAUUGAGAAUUACUGCGUGAAAGUGAAAGACGAGGAAGGACUCAUAACCUACGAGAUCAACACUGAAGUUAAUCACAAGGAUGAAGAUGGCAAGAUACAGGUUAUGUCCAUUGGACCUGUGAAUGAGGGCCCCAUCAAGUCGGUUCUCCUGCUGGGAGAGACAGGCGCCGGCAAGACCAGAGUCCUCAACACUAUGAUCAACCAUCUGUUAGGUGUCAACUUUGACGAUAAUUUUAGGUUCCAAUUGAAAGAUUAUGUUGAAAGUGAUGAUCUCCUCCAAGUGGAAAGCCAGACAGAAUAUAUCACUGCCUACAUUGUCUCCCAUCAACUUGGAAUGCCUAUUGAGUGUAAUUAUAUGUUGAUUGAUACACCUGGGUUUGGUGACACUAGAAUGAACCACGAUAAAGUCCCAAUAGAGCGACUAACAAUUUUCCUGACAAGUAAUUGUGGUAUAGAUGACCUUAAUUGUGUUGCCUUAGUUGCUAAGGCAAACCAAAACAGGGUAACAUCAUACCAGAUACAAAUGCUAGAAGACUUUACUUCAGUGCUGGGAAGUAAUAUUGGUGAUAUAACGCAGCUUCUGGCAACAUUUGCAACUGAUGACAAUUCGGCAGUUGUUGAUGUGGUGAAACAUGCUGGAGUCCAGUUUGUCAACUUGUACCAAUUUGACAACGGGCUUCUAUAUGAUCCACUUUGUGAUGGUCUCCUCCAGAAUCACAAACAUGCAUACCUUACGUAUAGAUGGAACAGGAUGCAAGCAGAGUAUACCAGAUUUUUUGAAGAGCUACAAAGGUCUAUUCCAGUAAAUCUCAAAAGAACUGGGGACCUUUUGCUGGAGAAAAAAUUACUUGAAGAAACAAAAAUUGAAAUGAUAGAUGUUGUAAAGAGUAUGGAUCGUAUAAUCAACAUAAUUAAUAAUAAGCAUAAAGAGAUCAAGAAAAUUGAAGAUGAGGUAAAUAGAAUCACAGUAACAACAAGACGAGAGAUCCCGGUAAAAGCUGAAUAUCCAAUGACUAGUGGGUAUCAUGUCCACAACUGUGAAACUUGCCAAAAAAGUUGUAAAAUAUGUGAUGACCCAAAAAAUCUUCGUGCUGCAGUUGCAGGAACUGGUACUGGGGUUGGCACUGCAGUUUUUUCAGGAAUUAUCACUUCAUUAAUUUCUGGAGGAGUGAUGGGGGCAGAGGUGGGUGUUCUAGGUGGUCCAGUAGGAGUUGCAAUUGGUGCAGGCAUUGGAUGUGGCAUUGGUUUAGCCACUGGCCUCGCUACAGGACUUGUAUUGAGGAAAACAAAGGCAAGUUGUCUCAGUAGUUUGUAUGGGCAAUGCGCCAGUGAUGGAUGCUCUCAUGAUAUGAAGUCCCAUAAAAUUGAAACCCGAAUGUACAUCAUGGAAGAAAUAAUAGUAACUGAUGAUAAUGAGAAGGCCAAGUAUGAUGACUUUAAGAACACCUUAAGACAGUUAAGAACACAGGUUGAAGAGAAUAGAAGUACACUGAAUGAUUUUGAGGAAGAUGUGCUACAGAUUGCUCAUGCUUUGUUGAGACACACUAAUAAAAUAGUUGAACUGAGCCUGGGACACAACAGCUUGAACCCAAGUUCUGUAAUAGAUGAAAUAAUCAUGAGUGAGCAAGAGAACCGGCAACAUGUUAAUCUUUUACAGAUGUUCAAGAGCACAAUAAUGCUAUUACAAGAUCAAGAAUUCAGUGAUGCAGGUGCUGAUGACCAUAUUGUUUAAGAACACACUUAUACUGAUGACAUUGUCUGUAGUACUGAUGCAAUUGAUACUGAAAAACACAUUACUGUAGUACUAAUGACACUAUACAAUAGUCAGCGUCUCAACAUUAUGGACUUGUAUUUUGUUUUGUAUAUGGAGUAAAAUUGAAAUAUAAUAUUUAGAAUUGACUAAUUUAUUUCAGGUCAGGCUCAAAUUGUAGCUAAUAAUAAAAAAAGCUUUGUAAUGGCUAUGAAUAAAAAUGAAAAGCA